AGUGUUCUCUUAUUUGUACAGGAAAGCUGAAUAUAGAGAGAACUUCUGGUUAUUGAACUCACGCAAAAAUACUGAUUACAACGUAAAUGGCAAGGCCAGCAAGCAUCCUUCAUGCGCUUGGAGCAACCUUUGGUGGGCUUUUAGCAACUGGACGCAGCUCAGCAGGCAUCCAGUGCUUGCAAGCCGUUGCUGCUCAGACUGGGCUAGCAACACGUUGGUUAUCUGCGAGCACCUCGUCUCUAGCGGCUGAGGCCGCAGCCCAAAGCGUGCGACAGGACGCCGACCAGCCAGCCAGCACCAGCGACUCCCAGCAGCCGCCUGCUGCCGCACAGCCGCGCGCCACGGGCUUUCGCCGCGUGGUUUCGGAGCGUCGCGGCCUGCAGCAAGGUUCCCUAGAGGGUGUCGUGCACAUCCAAAACACCUUCAACAACAUCAUCCUCACACUCACGGACCAGCAAGGCUCCAUCAAAACCUACACAUCCGCGGGCGUGGUGGGAUACCGCGGUGCCCGCAAGUCGCAGCCCGUAGCUGCGGAGCGUGCGGCGGAGGAGCUUGCGCGGCGGGCUCUCAAGCUGGGCUAUGGCUCGGUUGCGGUGCGGCUCAAGGGCCCCGGCAACAACAAGCAGUACGCGGUGCAGUCGCUGGCGGCGGCUGGGCUGCAGAUAACCAGUCUGGCGGAUGUAACCCCCAUCCCGUACAAUGGCUGCCGGCCGCCUAAGAAGCGGCGCGUGUAAGCGCACAUGCGCUGGUGGCGUCAGCAGCGGUGGGGGCGGCGGCGGUGGGCGGAAGCCGCGGUGGGGGCGACGGCGAUGGUGAUCGAUGUUAUGGUAUGUGGUCGCGGGUGCUGCUUGGUGGUGCUGUUGUGGUGCGGGAAGUGAGGGGGUUGUGGGAGGAGAAGGUGCUGCCUCCUUUUCCGUGCAUGUGCUCCCGGGUGCAUGUGUUGCGGUAGCGGAUGCGACUGCUGUGGACACGACAGGGGGCAUGUGGGCACUCCUUGCAUGCCGUGCCUGCUGUUGCUUGAUGUUGGAGCGAGCGUAGUGAAGUUUAGAUUGGCGGGGAGGGUGCUGUUGAGCUGUUAGUAUUCCCUAGCCGUCACAGCGGGGGGACAUGUCAUGUGGGACGCGGUUGUACGGAUGGUAGCAAGGUGUGGGGGCAGGAUGUGCGCAGCAUGGGUCCCGAGCAUACGGUAAGUCGUCAUGAGGAACAGUCAAGGCGUUGCUAGGGCGUACCCGACGCCUCGCGUAUCCGAUGUCCGAUGUAAGGGUCAUGAACUCAUGAUGAAUGCGGACUCUUGUACGGCCGGGGGUUGUGGUACCGUUAUGGACAGUGUUUAGGGUACGAGAAAUUGCUGUCGAGGUGUCGACGUUUCCUUAUCGUCCCGGACAUACAACAGCCAUCGCCGCGCGUUUCGUCCUACGUACUGUUCCUGAUUGGGCCUCUGCCGUUGUGCUGAUCGGUCAUGCUCCUCUCUAUCGCCCUUGAGUCUUGCUUGUUGUGCUCUCGGAGGCGGGGUUUUCCGAGAUGAAGGCCGAGGGCUUGGUGACCGCAGGGGCCUCAGGGCCGCCUGCGGAAGGUGUCCCGCCCCCGUUUCGCAAACAAGUGGCUUUGUGUAUUGCUUUGUGACGUUGUGUGAUGGGCACAACGUACGGGGGAACGUUGGCGAACACUUUGCCAAAGCUUGAAAGUCACCUCUAGGUAUUGCAAGGCUCGGUGGUCAUGUUGGCCGGGUUGGGUUGGGACGGCGGCGCCCUCUAUCCUAGCGGGGUGGGUCGGAUGGUGACUGCGGCAACGUCUUGCUGAGCAGCUGUUUACGCUUGGGGGAGUGGUGUUAAUAGCGUACGUGCGGCUUUCGAAGAGCUAACCGAGAAAGUUUAUGGUGAUUGUGGGCGGUUAUGGCAAAAGGGGAAAGCCGGGCCAAGGUACUUUUGUGUCCGUGAGGAAGCCUUGUGUAAUACCUAGUGUGAAUGGGGGUCUUGGUGUGCGUAUGGCCACUUUGGCUGCUUGCGGUCUUGCUUGGGGUGAUGGCUCGACCGACGGCAAGUAUCACGCCUUGCCGUACAUGAUACCUGGCAAAAGGGGCGGGGGCAAAAGGGGAAGACUCCCAGGGAGUUACCAUACGGAUUGCACGUGUCUGUUGUCUACGUAAACUAUAAAAUACGCUCCAUAGGAACUCCUCUUGUCAAGACUCCAUGGACAUCCCAACUGCUGACUGUCCUCCAGAUCACUUUUUGUAAACACCUUAUUUAUUGCACAACGCACUCGAAAGAAAAUAGAAUACUGAAAAAUGUCGCAGCAGCCUCAGGAGCUGGGCAUGCGCGCAACGGUAUUGGAUGUCGUGCCUCCUGGCCCCAUUCAUCGCCAUCGUCGCACUACCGUCGCCAAGUUUUCACACCGCAUCCCAAACUUCCGCGAACCAGGCAGCACAUUCAGCUUGGUCCCCGACCUGCGCGCAGCUGCUGCCAUGGAGGCAGCUGCGCGGCGCAAGGACGACACCGUGAGCAGGCUGAGGGCCGCAGCGCAGCAGCAGCAGCCAGCGGCGGGAAGCGACCUCAAGGUACCUCUCAUCCUGGAGCAGCGCACCCCCUCCUCCUCCGCCCCCUCCGCCUCCUCCUCUCGCCCCGCCGCCGUGUACAAGGGGCUGCCCGAGGCGGGCGGCGGCGCCAACAUGGAGGGCCCCCCGCUGCACUACGUGCUGUUCCGCUCGGGCGGCCGCGUGACGGCCUUCCCCGCGGAGCUGUGGUUCGGAUUCAAGCCGCAUGUGGACCGGCGAGGUCUGGUUGACUCGGUGGCCGCUGCAAACGCCGCCGCUGCUGCCGCGGGCCGGGGUGCGGGCGGGCUGGGGGGCGGGGGCGGGCUGGGAGGCGCACCUUUCGACCCCUUCGCCAUGCGUCUGGUGCCCAAGAGCCAGCGACUGGAGAAGCAGCGGCAGGAGGAGGAGGCUCGCGAGCGCGCGGAGCAGGUUGCAGCGGGCCGCCUGCUGCCGCUGGCGGGGGCGGCGGCGGAGGAGCUGGGGCUGGGGGGCGGGGGCGGGGGGCGGCUGAAGCGCACCGUGGAUGAAGACGAUCUGGAGGCGGAGCUGUUCGGGGACGAUGACGAGGACGUGACCCCGCGGGGGGCCUUCGGGCGGGGCGGCGGGCGGGGUGGGG